AUGGCGUCGCCCAUGUCGAGUAUGCUCCGGCGGGACCUGAGCAUCAAGGAAAAGUUUGAGCAAUUACUGGGGAACAACCCAUUGGGGGCUGAGGUAUCACAAGACUCGGUCCUCAUCGCUAUCGGCACUUCGCUCGUAAUCACCUCGGCCAUCUUCCUCAUCUUCCUCAUCUUCCGCCCCUUCAACACCACCGUAUACGCUCCCCGCCUCCGCCAUACGGAUGAGAAGCACCGGCCGCCGCCUAUGGGCAAGGGCCUCUUUGCCUGGUACAAGCCCGUCUUCAAGACGAAUGAGCAGGAAUAUGUGGACAAGAUUGGUCUGGACGCGACGAUUUUCCUGCGCUUUGGCCGCAUGUGUAGGAACAUGUUCUGUGUCCUUGCCGUUGUCGGCUGCGCAAUCAUCAUACCCGUCAACGUGACCCAUUCCGUCGAGUUUGCCAAGAACUUUGGUGGUGCGAAGCUGAGCGGGGCCAUCUUCUUGAUGACGCCCAGGGAUCUGUUUGGAGACAUCUUCUGGGCCUUUGUGUGCCUGGCUUAUAUAUUCGACGUCAUCGUCUGCGGAUUCCUGUGGUGGACUUAUCGGGCCGUUCAUCGCCUCCGACGCAAGUUUCUCGAGAGCCCAGAGUAUCAGAACUCGCUGCACUCGAGGACGCUGAUGAUUACCGAUCUGAGUCGCGCGUUUCGAAGUGAUCAGGGCAUUAUAGAGGUCACGGAUAGUCUGAAGACGACACCCGAAGUGCCUCGCGCAUCAAUUGGCAGAAAUGUCAAGGACAUUCCAGAUCUGAUUGAAGCGCAUGAGGAGGCCGUCAUGAAGCUCGAGACGGUUCUGGCGAAGUAUUUGAAGAAUCCAAAUCAGCUUCCCCCGGAACGACCGCUCUGCACGCCAUCCAAGAAGGACCCCGAAUUCACGGACAAGACGCAAAAGGUGGAUGCGAUUGAUUAUCUGACGGCCCGGAUCCAGCGCCUGGAAUCUCAGAUCAAGUUGGUCAGAGAGACGAUUGACAAGCGGGACGCCAUGCCCUAUGGCUUUGCCAGCUAUGAAACGAUUGAAUCUGCACACAGUGUUGCUUUUGUUGCGCGCAACAAGCAUCCCAAAGGCACCACGGUGCGUCUUGCUCCAAAGCCAAAGGACAUCAUCUGGAAAAAUCUCCAUCUCGACCCCAAGAGGAGACGGUCUGCUUGCACCGGCGUUGACGUCGCUAUUCUGUUAACGCAACUCGGUCUUGCUCCCUCCGGACGCCUACUGUCUGGUGAUACGACCAAGACGUCCAGGGAGCGCCACGUGACGGCGCAAUUGUUCGCCUUUUUCAUCUUCAACAACCUCUUCGUCUUCUCAUUGUUCAGCGCUGCUUUUACCAUGAUCGUCAUGGUUGUGCGCAUGGCACGCGACGACCACCUCCCAUUCAUGGACAUUCUUCGCGGUCUCGACAUCUUUACAAAGGUCAUGGCCACACUGUGCGAAGUCAGCCCGUUCUGGGUCACCUGGCUCGUCCAGCGUAACUUGGGCGCGGCGAUUGACCUCUCACAAGCCGUCAACCUGGCCUGGGGUAGUUUCUCGAGGAAGUUUUUGAGUCCGACGCCGAGGGAGCUGAUCAACUUGACGGCGCCUCCGGCUUUCGACUAUGCGAGUUACUACAACUACUUUUUGUUUUAUAGUACGGUGGCGUUGUGCUUUGCACCCUUGCAGCCGAUUACGCUGGUGGUUGUUGCGUUUUACUUCUCUCUGGACUCGUGGAUGAAGAAGUACCUUCUCAUGUAUGUCUUCUGCACAAAAAACGAGUCUGGAGGGGCCUUUUGGCGCGUCCUCUUCAAUCGCAUGCUCGUCGGCUUGUUCCUUUCCAAUUGCAUCGUCGCCCUCCUCUGCGUCGCCCGCGGCUACGGCUCCAAAUGGACGAUGCUCGGCGCCAUGAUUCCCCUUCCCGUCGGCCUCUUGGCCUUCAAAUUCUACUGCAAAGGCGCCUUCGAUAACUCCUUUAAAUACUACACCCAAGGCGACCGCGCCCAGGGCGUCGAAGCCCCCACCCCAAUUGACAAGGAAUCGCGCCGCCGCGACCGCGUCGCCGUGCGCUUCGGUCAUCCCGCCCUCUACCAAAAGCUCACUGUGCCGAUGGUGCACGAGAAGAGCAAACACCUACUCGCAGAAGUCUACCGCGGCCGACUCGACGGCGACAUUGGCGAUACGGCCGCGUUCAGCGACACCUACACCAUGAAGCGCAUGUCCAAGGAAAACCCAGGCAAACCAGCCGCAGCCCCCGCCCCCUUUGAAUUCGUCUCGGAAGACAACAUGGACUUUGAAAAUUUUAAGACCCGACCGGAAUUCAGCGACGAACACGGCGGCGACGGCUCCCUCUACGGCAGCCGGCCAGGCACCCCCUCUGCCAGCUCGACAAUCAGCGGCCAUCCCAGCGCCCUCCACCACCCGCGCGGCCGCCGCCCGUCGAGUCGCGACUCCCACCGCUCCCUUGCCCAUGAUGAAGGCGAUGUCGGCGUCGUUUACCCCCCGGGUUACCAUCAGACGCCCUCUGCGCUGCGCGAGUAUAGUCCUGGCCCGGAGCCCGGGCUGCGGCGGCUGGAGAGCAAUUCUAGUUAUCAGAGAGAUGAUGUGAAUUUGGUUGGGGCGGCAGCGCCGAUGGGGGUGCAGGAGGUGGGUGGUGGUGGAGGUGGGGCGUACAAGGCGUAUAGUCCUGCGAGGGAGGGGGAGAGGGAGUAUUUUCAGCGGUAG